CUCUAUUCAAACAAUCCUCUCUGACACAGUCACCAUCUUCUGUGAAGUCAGACUAACAGUCUGUAGAUGUGUGAUAAAUGGUGUUGUUCAUCCCUGAUAUGGCUGGUCAUCUGUUUCUGGUCAUCCUCCUUUUCGUCACCUUCCAAUACAUCAAAGCCCAAGGUCCUUAUCCAAAACCAGACAUUACAGUCAAUAUUGAGGAGGACUUCAUCAUCAUCUGUUUGAUUCCUGGAUCCUUCAGUCCUGACUCCACCUGUAACCUGUAUGUUGGAGAGGAGAGUCAGCCAUCCUUCAUAGCAAAGAUCAUGAAGAGAAAAGCCACCUCAGCAUCCGGACAUCAGUUCUGUCAAUUCACUCCAAAACAUAGUGAUCUGAUCAGUCGCCUACAGUCAGUGAGGCGUAAGGAGGUGAGCUGUGACUACAGAGUGAGCUCAGGACCAAACUCUCUCUCUCCACGCAGUGAUGGGCACAGCUUUACACCAGGUUUGACUGUUACUUCUACUUUGACCCCUGGCAUCACAGUGACAACAACUUCUGUGCAAUUACGGCAGGCAGCAGUGGGUGUGGCUUCUGGAGUGGGUGUGUUCCUGAUGGGAUUGACAGCUGUCUGUCUCUGCUGGAGGACCAAGAAACAUUCUCAGAGACCUACAGACAGACAGGAUGAUCACAGCCAAUGUGAUUUGGUGAUGGGAGCUAUGAGCAGUGCAGGCAUGUUGGAUUCAAAGGAUGCUGGGAUCUAUUCUCUCAUCACCUCUGUACCGUCCACGUUUUUGCCCUCAGGCCCUGUUGAAGAGAAUGGACAGUCAUCUGAAAAAGACAAUUCUGAUACGUACCACGUAUACAGCUCAAACCCCGACCGACCAGCAACAUCAGCCCAGCCGGAUGGGUUGUACAGUCUUGUGCAAGCACACUGACACUACAUCACUGGCUCUCUGUAGCUAUUUCUCACAGAAAUACUCUUUCUUGCAGGAUGACCUUUAUUUAUCAAACAUCAUGUUACUGUAAAUAAGUAUAUAAUACAUCUGCUGCAGUACCGUUUCUAUUCAUAAGCAACAUAAGUGGCUGCCAUCCCAUAGCAAAAUGUGUAGAACUGCAGGAAAUAAGCUUUAAAACUGAAUUUCUUUCUACCCCAUGGCAUAAUGUGUACAAAUGCGGGAAAUUAGCUUUAUAACUGCAAAGUUCCCUCCACCCCAUGGCAAAAUUUGUAGAAUUUCAGGACAUUAACUUUAAAGCUGCACAUUUUUCACUAAAAUGUUUUUCUUUAGAACUUUAGAAGCCUAAAUACACUAUACAUUUCCAUUUCCUGCUGUACAGGAAAAUUCUCAUAAAAAAAUAGUGAUCAAAUUAAGAUCCUACAUCUGUACAGUGUUUUGAAACACACCAUAGCCCAACAGUAAAGAUGGUAGAUCAGGCUAUGGGGAUGGCUUAUUUUGUUUAAAAAAGUGGUGGGUCCGCCCUCACCUCCUAAUCCCUCUUCUAUAAGAUUCUUGAUAUACAGUAAAUACAAAAUCCUACACUUUUUUACUCUGUUCGAAACGCUCUCUUCUGUAAAACAAAAAGCAUGCAAAAUACAUUGAAUUCAACCA